GUUUUAGUGUGUAGCUAAAUGCAAUAAGAAAAUGUCAGUGCAUUUUAUUAGACAAAAUAAAGCAUAACGCCUGUUUUUGGUCAUAUUGUGCUGUUUUGUUGUGAAAUUUGAUGUAUCACAUUUGUGAAGAAAAUUAAUUUCUGAAGCGUAAAUAUUCAUCAAAUAUACCAUUUGGCAUAAAUACAGAAAGCAACUGCUCAUUUAACAAGAUUGUUCUUAGGUUAUAUUUAGUAUUCUUAGAGGUAUUUAGACUUGUAGUACGUUUAUUUAUUCAUUAGGUGGGUUCUGUCACUUUUGGUAUUUGUAGAUGUACACCAUGUAUUAGACUAGCAUAGAAGUGUAGAUUUCCGUAUGAGCCUACUUUGUUUUUUGUUUUGUUAUCAAGACUGAACAGUUUUGUUAUUAUUAUUAUUUUUUUAAAUAAUUAUUAUUGUGCAUGCAGUUUUAUAACUUCAUGCUAGUUAAAAACUAUUUUUCGUUUACAGUUUAUUGGAGAGUGUUUAAAAUGAACAAAAAAGUGAAAAACAUAUUAAUAAUGCCUUUAUAUAAUACGGCGUCAAUUCCAAAGUUGCGCAAUGACGUCGUGCGUGACCUGCCGGGGUUUCCAGGGCAACUUGAAUUGUUUUAGGAUUACGGCGUUCAUGCGGAACUAUUCGGUCGCUUUAUUACAUUGGAUAAGUUAUUAUUAUUAUUAUUAUUAUUUUGUAACGAUCUUGCUUUUAAUCUUCAAACGAUCGUACACAAUAGCCUAUGUACAAACAGUGUUUUUAAAUCCUGUGAACUGUAAUUUUAAAGUUUACUCAUAUUAUUGUGACACAAAUCAGGUCACAUUCACAUUCAGUGUUGUGAUGUUGAUUUGCAGCAGGUUUAAACUUGAAAAGACGGCAGGGAUUAAUUUUUGCACCUUAAAUGUUGCUGAAUGAAUGCUGAAAAGUUAGUUUUUUUGUGGAGCCCAGAAGUUAUUUUUCAUUUUUAUUUGGCAUGAGUAGGCUUUUGAAGCUUAAAUACAUAAUGUCAAACUUCGCAGCUGAUUUAAUUACAUAGCUUAGUACAUUUCUGUAAUGCAAUGUUUGGGGAAUGAAUUGGGAAAUAUCAAGCGCACAGGUUUGUGAGCACAUCAAAUGUGAGGACCUCCAAAUGAUGGUCCACAAUCAAGAGAUUCAGAGCUUUCUGAGACCUCUUUCACAACUCUGCCACAUGGAUGUCAAUUUUGACAGGAUGACAGACAGGUCUAAGGAGGUGAAAUCAGCGUUUUCAGCUUAUAAGAAGAAUAGCAGCACUCCGACCUCUUUGACACAGUUGUGCAAACAACUGCAGGAGAGAAUCACCCAGAAAUCACAGCAUUACUCCAUCAGCUGUGAAGACAGACAGUCUCUGACUGCAGUGUUGACCUCUGAGCUGAGUCUGAUCUGGCAAGACCUGAAAACCCCGUCUGUGGACACCACGCUGACCCGGGAAGAGAAAGUGCAGCUGAACUGCCAGACCUUCAGUGAGGUGCUGCACAUCUGUGAGCAGCUGUUUCUGCAAUCCUUGCACCUGAUGGAGACUCUGAGGCGGCGAGGCGUCUUCAGCAAUCAUAUCAACAGCAGCAGGGUGGCAGCUCAGCUCGCUAUUGACUGCACUAGUCUCUUAAAUGUUCGCUCCAUAAGAUGCAGGAUUGUCUCAGGAAUCAAGGAUGCACGAAGGCUGUUACAAAGUGCUGUUACACAUAACAACGAGAGGUCCGUGACAGCCACAUCAUGGGAAAAAGCUGUGGAGGAUGACCUCAAGGAGAUUCAGGAGAAAAUCGGAGAGCUGGAUCUGCAAUGUGUGUAUGACCUCCUGCCCUGUAACUUGGAGCCAAUCACCUAUAAGACAGACACACAACGUUCUACAGCCAAUAAGUCCAACAUACUGAAACAAGUGCAGGAUCAGAGUCCGCCUCAAAACCGGUUGGUCAGAAUAAAGGGAUGUCAUUCCAUGCCUGACCUACAGAGAGAAACACUGCUGGAGGAGCUGGAGAUAAGGCUACCCAAUCCACCUCCAUCCCCAUUAGUCCUAUUGUCCACAGAUCCUACCUCCAGCCUGGAGAAAUGCAUCAGUGCUGGGGAAGAUCUGAAGAGAUUAUUACAGGAGAGAGAGUACAAGGAUGAUGGUAACUGUGAGACGGAUCUGUGCUCGCUUAUAGAAUCCCUAACCUGCUAUAGUUCCAGCAGACUCCAAAGGCUCAAACAAAAACUACAGAAAAUGGAGGAAGAGGAGGAAACAAAGAAGCACAAAGUUCUUGUGAAGAAACCUCUGCACCCACAAGGAGAUGUGGUCAGUGUGACGUUUUCUCCUCAAAACAUCAUGCGCACAGCAGUGGCACAAGUGUCCGAUAGGGUUCUCCCAGAGACCAUCAAACUCCGCAUGUGCCCACCGGUCUACAAUGACCUCACUAAAGAGAUUGAUUACGCAUCGGUCACUCUGAUGGAUCAGAACUUGGUUGAAGAAAAAAUGGAUAUAAGCAAAGUCUUUGAAGAGUUAUCCAAAAGUAUUUCGACAAAGUAUUUCAACUUUGAUGAGGACUCCAGGAUUGAGCCUGCCCUGAAAAAUGUCACAUUCUGCCCAAAAAGAGUGAUUAAUGACCAACUAAUGAACCCAUCACUCAGAAGGCCCAAUCCAUACAGCAUAUCCCACAGAGAGAGAACAGAGAGGGCUGCGAACAGGAAGAGGCCUGUGAAUGCGACCGCUCGAGUGGACAGAGCCUGGUUUCAGUGGUGGAGGUGUCAACUAUCAAUGGAUGAUUAUCUUCACUACAUUUCUAAUCAGGACUCUGAUUAUCUGUCAGUGCUGUUUCACCUGUAUGACAGUGAUGAUGACGAUGAGGCAGAGGCAGAGAGACACAAGCUGGCUCAGCUGCAGAGAGACGAAAGGAGAAGAAGGCAACAGGAAAGGCUCAAUUCACUUAGGAGACAGAAACAAGAAUUUGUUCCUGGAUUCUGGAACAUCAACACCAUAGAGAUGGGAGGACUGGGAAGGGAACCAGAACUGGAUGAGAAAAACCCAGAAGAGGAAAUACAAGAUGCAUCUGAAGGAGAGGAAGGUGAAGGUCCAGCUGCUGGACUUCUGGAUGGAGAACAGAUGCAGGUCAGGCUGGAGAGGGUCUGGAACGCCCUACUUCUGCCAGAAGGACAGCGACUAGACAUGGCCAUCAAAUACAGCUCUCAUGAAUACAGGGACCAUCUGCAGGAGGCAAUUGCUGCAUGGGAGCAGGCUGCUCGGUUGAUCCAGAAGAGGGAGCUCUUGCUCUCCAGGUUGGAAGACUUUGAGAGGGAGGCAUCUGACCCCAACAGAUUUUUCCAGCGAGGUUAUAAUGGUUCAUCCAUCGCUAGAAUGGAAGAGGCAAGUCAAAGGGAGAAGCUCAACUCUCAGAUUUCAGUUGUAGACCAAGAACUGUCCAAGACUAUGGGCCAGAUCACAACCCGUUUCAAUGACAGCAUCAGCUAUAAGGGUCGGCCGUACAGAGAGAAGAUGCGCUGGGAUCGUACUGAGAUGCUGUACUGGCUGCAGCAGGAAAGGCGGGUCCAGUCUCUGGAGAUGUUUGUAGAUGGACGGAUGGCUCUGCCUAUAAGGCUUCCUCCUCUGAGCCAAAGCAAGGAGCUUCACUUAGGCAACCAUCAAACCCUCCAGGAACAACCUCUGUCACACUGUGAGAGAAAUGGCCAAUUAUUGCAACACUGUAAACUCUAAAAAAUAUACCAUUGUAGUCCAAACACUUGCAAAUAAAGCAAGAUCUGUCAGUUUUAUAGACCUGUUUGAUUUUGAUUACUGGUUUAAUAUAUUCUUACUAGUUUGCUGAAGAACUUUCACACUUUGAAAAGGAGUUGGCUUUUUAAUGAUUUAUUUUAUAUAUCUUUAUCCUUUUUUGGCAGCUUAGAAAUAAAAUCAGAAAUGAUAUUGUUAUGAAGUGUGCAAAAAAAUACAUUUAUUUUUUCAUACAGCCAUUUUGUGUGAAAAUUAGCAUUUUGUUUUACAGUGUCUAUAUUUCACAAAUUGCAUGUUAAAAAAAUAAAAUAGAACUAACAAUAUCAAUGUGAAGUAAUCAACUCCACAAAUAAUUGAGAAUUAAAUACA